GCUCGGUCUUUGCCAUCGUCGACUUUGCAUCCGCUCUCGCCUUUGCCGUCGUCGUCGUCGUCGUCAUCGUCGUCUGCUCGCCUCCGCUGCCUGUCAAGUCCUCCCCUCCUCCAUCGUCGUCCGCUCCAUCGCCGCUGCUCCACCAUGCCUGUCGCAGAACGGUUCCUCGCCGACACCCAGAUCCCCAUCUCGGUGCUGGAAGCCAAGGUCGCCUUUGAGCUCCUGACUCCCACCGAGAAGAAGUACGCCCACUUCAUUGCCCGUGCUGGCUGGGCUGGCUCCCGCAUCGUCUCGGCCCAGGCCACGCAUCACUCGACCGACCUAGUGGACCUGCUCCUGGCCCUGUUCACCGCGCCCGAAACCCUCCAUACUGCCCGUCCGCACACUGUCGAUCUUGCCCAGCUCAAGACCGCCGCUGGUCUUGACGAUGCCGCCUGGACACACCUCCUCGAGUACGCCGCCGUUGUCCUCCACAACCGAGGCAACUACAAGUCUUUUGGCGACGUCAAGGUCAUUCCUCGCCUCAGCCUCGAGGCCUUCGAUCGUGUUGUCGAAGCCUCGUCGUCGGACGCCGCCAAGACCAUCUAUCCCCGUGUCAAGGACGAAAUCUUCUCUGCCGAUCCCGAGUCCAAGCUUCUGCUUGGCUUCCCAGCCGAGGGCCAUGUCUCGGGUUACUACUUUGGCAAUGUCUCCAAGGAAGACAACGACUUUGUGCAGGCCAUCCUCGAGCAGAACGAUGUCUCGUCGCUCAACACCCGCCUGGCCAAGAUCUCCGAAACCGAGUUUGAGGUCCGUGUUGCCUCGGUCGACUCGUACAUCGGCAAGACCUUCCAGAAGGACGGCAAGUCCGUCACCCUGGUCUUUGGAGAGUUUGCCCCGCAUCUCGCCAAGGUUGUCGAGAACCUCGAAAAGGCCAUCCCCCAUGCCGCCAACGAGCACCAGCGCCUGAUGCUCGAGGCCUAUGUGCGCUCCUUCCGCACCGGCUCCAUCGAAGACCACAAGGACUCGCAGCGCCACUGGAUCAAGGACAUCGGCCCUACCGUCGAGAGCAACGUCGGCUUCAUCGAGUCUUACCGUGAUCCCGCCGGCGUCCGCGCCGAGUGGGAAGCCUGGAUCAGCAUCGCCAACAAGGAGCAGACCAAGAAGUUCAAUGCCCUCGUCGAGGCUGCCAGCGACUUUAUUCCGCUCUUGCCCUGGUCGGCCGAGUUUGAGAAGGACACCUUCCGCCGUCCCGAUUUUACCAGCCUCGAGGUUGUGACUGACGCCGUCUCGAGCGGUCCCCCCGCCGGCAUCAACAUCCCCAACUACGACGACAUUCGCAUGAACGAGGGUUUCAAGAACGUCUCCUUUGGAAACAUUGUGAGCGGCCGCCCCACCAACGACAAACUCACCUUCAUCCGUGAUGAGGACAAGGAGAUCUACGCUCAGUUCUAUUCCGAGACUUUCGAGGUUCAAGUUGGACUCCAUGAGCUUCUCGGGCAUGGUUCCGGCAAGCUCCUGUCCGAAGAGACUCCCGGCCAAUACAACUUCGACAUUGAAAACAAGCCCAUCUCGCCUCUGACCGGCGAGCCCAUCAAGACCUGGUACAAGCCCGGCGAGACUUGGGGCUCGGUCUUCAAGGCUGCUGCUGCGUCUUACGAAGAAUGCCGCGCCGAGGCCGUUGCCAUGCACUUGGUCCUGAACCGCCAGGUUCUGGACAUCUUUGGCCACAAGGACGAGCAGGAGAGCCAAGACGUCAUCUACAUCUCGUAUCUCAGCAUGGCUCGGGCUGGUCUCAUCGCGCUUCAGUUUUAUGAUCCCAACUCCAAGAAGUGGGGUCAAGCCCACAUGCAGGCCCGCUAUGCCCUGCUGCGCGUGUUCCUCGAGUCUGGCCUUGUCCAUGUGGAAGUCACCAAGGAAGGCGACCUCGACUAUCUGUUGAUCCAUCUCGACCGCAGCAAGAUCGAGUCGGUCGGCCAACCCGCCAUCGCCAAGUUCCUUCAGAAGCUGCAGAUCUACAAGGCCACUGCCGAUGCCGAAAACGGCCUCAAGUUCUACGAAGACUCGACUUCGGUCUCGGAUGAAUGGGUUGCCAAGCGUGAGAUUGUGCUGAAGCACAAGCAGCCCCGCAAGAUCAGAAUCGAGAGCAACACGUUUGAGCUCGAGAAUGGCGACAUUCUCUUCAAGGAGUACCCUGCUUCGUUGGAGGGUCUUGUCGAGUCCUACGUCGAGCGUGCGAUCUAAGCCCCGCCUCUUUGGUGUUGGCAUCAUCGAUGUUGGUGACUGCGAUUGACGAUGAUGGCAGUCUGUGAUACAGCGCGUUGAAUACACAUCGGAAUACAUCGUCUCAUUCGGACAAAAA